ACCUGAAAUCUUUCACUGAGCGAUGGAACAGAUCAUCGAGAAUUUGGAAGGAGUUCGAGUCUACAUUGAUGACAUCAUCAUAUGGGGGUCCUCAGCUGAAGAACACAAUGAGAGACUUUGCAGAGUGAUGGAUCGUAUACAAAGUUAUGGACUAAAACUUAACAAAAACAAAUGUGAGUUUGGUGUGGAAGAAAUACUCUUUCUUGGAGAUAAACUGUCAGCAAGUGGUGUUCAACCAGAUCAAGACAAAAUACAGGCAAUACAGAACAUGCCAAAACCCACAGACAAGACAGGAGUGUUACGCAUCAUGGGAAUGGUCAACUUUAUAGGCAAAUUCAUUCCCAACCUAACAUCAACGACAUCAUGCAUGCGUGAGCUUCUGCACAAGGAGAGUGAAUUUAAAUGGACAGUUAGACAUGAGCGUGAGUGGCAGCAACUUAAGAACACGCUGACCACUGCACCAGUGUUGUCAUUUUAUGACCACACCAAGAAGAUAAAACUGUCAACAGAUUCUUCCAAAGAUGGCAUCGGUGCUGUUUUACUCCAGGCUGAGGGUGAGCACUGGAAACCAGUUGCAUAUGCUUCAAGGGCUAUGACCGAAGCUGAAUGCCGAUACGCACAGAUCGAGAAAGAAUGCUUGGGACUAGCAUAUGGUCUGGAACGGUUUCAUAACUAUGUGUACGGCUUACCAUCUUUCAUAGCUGAGACUGAUCAUCGACCACUGGUUUCCAUCAUCUAAAAGAACCUGAAUGAGAUGUCUCCAAGGAUACAGCGGUUAAUGAUGAAGAUGCAGAGGGCACCUGCUGGCAAAAGUGUGAGUGCAACAGAGGAGGACAUCCAGUGUCAUGUGAACAUGGUGUCGACUGCACUGCCUGUGUCUGACACAAAGUCAAGACAAAUAGCGGAAGCUACAGCAGAGGAUGUGCAGCUACAGCAUGUCAUGAGGAACAUGGAUGAAGGAUGGCCAGUUGGUGCAAGUCCACAAUUUUACCACGUCAAAGGUGAACUUAGUGUUGUGGAUGGCUUGCUUUUAAAAAGGGGCAGGAUUGUGAUCCCGCAGGCUUUGAGAAUGGACAUGUUACACAGAAUACAUGAGGAUCAUCUCGACAUUGAAAAGUGCAAAAGGAGGGCGAGAGAGUCAGUUUUCUGGCCUGGAAUCAACAAUGACAUUGAAACAUUCAUAAGCAAAUGUGAAACAUGCCAGAAACACAGGAGCAAGCAGAGCAAAGAGCCUAUGGUGGUAUCUGAGUUACCAGUAGCCCCAUGGCAUAAAGUUGGAAUGGAUUUGUUUCAUCUCAGAGGCAAGGACUAUCUAGUGGUAAUAGAUUACUACUCAAACUUUCCUGAGAUGGCGUUAUUAACAAACUCAUCUUCAAACUGUGUCAUAACUCAUGCAAAAUCAAUCUUUGCCAGGCAUGGGAUUCCACACAUUGUGAUAAGCGACAAUGGCCCAUGCUUCAACAGCAAAGAAUGGCAGCAGUUUGCUGAGCAGUAUGAUUUUAAACAUAUAACAUCAAGUCCGCAUUAUCCACAGUCAAAUGGACAAGCAGAAAAAGGGGUUCACAUUCUGAAGCACCUCUUAAAGAAAGCGGCUGACAGCAACUCUGAUCCAUAUUUGGCUUUAUUGAGCUACAGAGCAUCACCUCUUCAGAGCGGUCUGUCACCAGCUGAACUACUGAUGAAGCGGAAACUGAGAACCACCUUACCAAACCAUCUGAGCGGCACAUCAAAGGAAAAUAAUACCGCACGGAUUGAACAUAAACUACGACAGCAGAAGAUGAGGCAGAAAUCAUUCUACGACAGGACAACAAAACAUCUUCCUCCCUUGACAACCAACAACUCUGUCAGAAUUGAGGAUGCUGAUGGAUGGAGUACCAGAGCAACUGUUCUGAAAGAAGUCACUCCACGAUCAUAUACUGUGAAAACAAAUGAUGGACAAAUCCUCAGACGCAACCAUCUGUUGAAAACACCUCAAGAGAGUGUUGGUGAGCUCAGUGUGACCUGUGAUGAACCUCAAGUGAUUCCUAAACCUGUGAUGGACAAUGACACUGCCGCGCACACUCCAACUCCUGAGUUGAGAAGAUCCUCAAGAGAAAUUAGGAAACCUGACAGAUUGAACUUGUGAGAAAGAACUUUCAAU